GCCGGAAGUGUUCUGGCCGCGCCUGCGCAGUGAGUGGUCCAACAUCAACAUGAACGUUGGCGUCAUCAAGUCGUCCAACAUCAAUUUUCUUCCAUCAAGUCGUCCAACAUCAAUGUUCCCCUCAUCAAGUCGUCCAACAUGAAUGUUGCCAGCAGCUCGGUGUCCACAACACGACGGAAGCGUGAGGCAGAGCGCUCGGUCAACUGGACGGUGGAGGAGACUCAGGUGCUGCUGUGCGCCUGGAGCGACGAGCGCGUCCAGAAGAGUCUGUCGGAAAACCUGCGCAACCGCCACGUGUUCAAGCAUCUGUCGGCCCGCAUGAGCGACAUGGGCUUCUGCCGCAGUCCUCACCAGUGCCGCCUGCGCGUCAAGACCCUGAAGGCCAACUACGUGCGCGCCAAGCUGCAGAGGAGCGCCCACAGCUCUCAGCUCUGCAACUUCAAGUACUUCCAGGAGAUGGACGCUGUGUUGGGGAGGAGGGCGGACACUUUGGAGGACGUGUCUACUCCGGACCCCGCAGACAGGACGGUGGGGUCUUUCGUCGGGCGUUACCUCAGUUCUCCGGGGAACGCCGCCGGAGAACAUUUCAGUUCUUCCGAGGAGCCAGGAGGCCGGCAGAUGUGGCCGCUGGACUUUCAAGUCAAGCUGGAGAACGAAGACGAUUCCGAGUUCAGCGACCUGGGAUUCAUGCAGGGACCGGGAGAGAGACCACCCCAGGGUUUUGUGGGAUCCAGCAUCCGUCCUGAGCCUGCCGCUCCGCCCGUGGACAUCGUGAGCUCGCCCUCGCCCGCACAUCCUCCGGCGCCCUCGCCCGAGGCAUCCACGGGGCCCGGCACUGAGGGCGUGCGUCCGGAAGCGGUCCUGGCUCACCUGUCGCGGUGUUUCCGGCAGCUAGUGUCAGAGACUCGGGGCCUGCUGGUGCAGCUGGACCAGCAGAGGCAGGAUCAGGCCCGCUGGCACCAAGACCUCCUGAGCCAGUGGGCGCAGCGCGAGGAGCGGCGGCAGAGGGAAGCGGCGGAGAGGGAGGAGCGGCGGGAGAAAGCCCACAUGGAGCAUCAGGUCCGGGUCCUGGAGCUCCUCACCAGCCUGGCCAGAGAACAAGGUGGCAGAGUCCAGGAGCACAAAUGAUGCCAACUAGGACCUCAGCUUUAUUGUCAUCAUUCAUCACAUCACCAUUAACUCACUUCCUCACACUCUCAUCUUCCAGUCUUAAUUAAUCACAAGAGCAUUCACGCUUUUCACGGCCUUCAGCAGCCUUUGGAAAGAUGCCAUUCAACAAUAAUCAUCAUUUUCUUCAUAUUAUUGUUCAUUUUUCAUGGCUUUUGUGUGCUCACAAUGUAUUACUAUUCAACUUGCUGUGCUAAAGUGGAGACAAGUUGGUUGCAUUUGAAAGACAUUAUUAUUAUGAUUAUUAGUAUUAUUAUGAUGAUUGUGAUUAUGAUGAUCCGCUCUCCAAUAAUAAGAAAGUCAAUGUUUAUUUAAUAUAUGCAAAAUGUGUUAUGUCUGGUGACUUUUGAACUGAGAACAUUAAAAAACCAGAUGUGA